AUGUUCCAACCCAAGAAGCCCUCAACUAUGAAUUCCCAUGAUAGAGCCAUGUGUGUUCAAGGGGACUCUGGCCUCGUGCUCACCACAGACCCCAAGCCUCGCCUCCGCUGGACGGUCGAGCUUCAUGAACGCUUUGUCGAUGCUGUUACUCAGCUUGGAGGACCUGAUAAGGCCACACCAAAAACAAUCAUGAGAGUUAUGGGUGUGAAGGGUCUUACGCUUUACCAUCUCAAGAGCCAUCUCCAGAAAUUCAGGCUUGGAAAGCAACCUCACAAGGAAUUCAAUGAUCACUCUAUAAAAGAUGAUCUUCAAAGAAAUGCGGCAUCUUCCUCAGGCAUGAUGGCUCGUAGCAUGAACGAUAACUCACACAUGGUUGAUGCGACUAGGAUGCAAAUGGAAGUGCAGAGAAGAUUUCAUGAGCAAUUCGAGGUGCAACGACACCUUCAACUGAGGAUUGAGGCUCAAGGCAAGUAUAUGCAGUCCAUAUUGGAAAAGGCUUGUCAAACCCUAGCUGGCGAAAACAUGGCCGCAGGAGGCUAUAAGGGUAUGGGAAAUCAAGGAGUUCCCGACAUGGGAGCAAUGAAAGAUUUCGGUCCUCUCAACUUUCCACCAUUUCAAGACCUCAAUAUUUAUGGAGGUGACCAGCUUGAUCUUCAACAGAACAUGGACAGACCAUCACUCGAUGCUUUCAUGCCGAAUAAUGAUAACAUUUGCCUUGGAAAGAAGAGGCCUAGCCCUUAUAGUGGCAGCGGGAAGAGUCCUUUGAUCUGGUCUGAUGAGCUCCGACUGCAGGACUUGGGAACAGCCGCAUCAUGUCUAGGACCGCAAGAUGAUCCUUUCAAAAGUGAGCAGAUUCAAAUUGCGCCACCUUCAAUUGAUAGAAGUACUGACCUAGAUCCUAUAUCAGACAUUUACGAAGCAAAGCCGGUACUUUCCGGCGAUGGCAUAGGUGACAAGAAGUAUGAAGCGUCGCCGAAGCUGGAAAGGCCAUCACCAAGAAGAGCACCGCUUCAGGCAGACAGGAUGAACCCUAUGAUAAAUAGUGGUAGCGUGGCACAAGGGAGAAAUUCACCAUUUGGAUGAAUUGCUAACAUUUUGCUUAGACCGCACGUAAGUGACUUAAGGAUUAAUUAUGCUCCGCUCAGUCUCAUAUUUCAUUAGGGUUUAGUAAAUUAUAUUAUAUUAAUUACAAUAGGGUUUUGUCUCAGCUAUAUGAUAAUGCCAUGCAUAUGCAUGCAUGCAUGGCAAUAAUCUUUGUCAGUUAAAAUUAAUUGUUACGAAUUUAGUACAUCAAUUUGUACUUUCCCAUGAUCCUUAUAUAUGACUUAUUGAUGAAUUUUACUAGAU